GCAGUCACUCCCACCCCACCUGGACUGGAGCAUCUUCUAUAAAUAGCUACAAUGAUCAGUCUCCCUCCCAGUUAAUCACUUCACCUUCUUCAUUCAGUUCAUCCAAUCCACGAUCACUUCCUAGCAAUUAAGAUCAUGGUGCAGCGCACUUCAUCCGAUUCGGCGGCGUCGGCUGAGGCCAUGGUCAUGGACCUGAGUCCCAAGCGUCCCGCCAAGUCCUACGGCGGCGAAGGCGGCUCGUACUUUGAUUGGUCCCCCUCCGAGCUGCCCAUGCUCCGCGCCGCCUCCAUCGGCGCCGCCAAACUCUCGCUUGCCGCCGGAGGCCUCGCCCUCCCCUUCUACUCCGAUUCGGCUAAGGUGGCCUACGUCCUCCAGGGCAAGGGCACCUGCGCCGUUCUCCUCCCCGAGACCCCCUCCGAGAAGAUCCUACCCAUCAAAGAGGGCGACGCGCUCGCCCUUCCAUUCGGCGUUGUCACCUGGUGGCACAACCUGCACGCCGCCACCACCGAACUCGUCGUCCUCUUCCUCGGGGACACAUCCAAGGGCCACACCGCCGGCCGCUUCACCAACAUGCAGCUCACCGGCUCCACCGGCAUCUUCACCGGCUUCUCCACCGAGUUCGUCGCCCGCGCCUGGGACCUCCCGCAGGACGCCGCUGCCUCCCUCGUCUCCACCCAGCCCGGCGCCGGCAUCGUGAAGCUCAAGGAUGGCUUCAGGAUGCCCGAGGGUUGCGACAAGGACAGGGAGGGCAUGGUGCUCAACUGCUUGGAGGCGCCGCUGGACGUGGACAUCAAGAACGGGGGCCGCGUGGUGGUGCUGAACACGCAGAACCUGCCGCUGGUGAAGGAGGUGGGGCUGGGCGCCGACCUGGUGAGGAUCGACGGCCACUCCAUGUGCUCGCCGGGGUUCUCGUGCGACUCGGCGUACCAGGUGACGUACAUCGUGCGGGGCAGCGGGCGCGUGCAGGUGGUGGGCAUCGACGGGACGCGCGUGCUGGAGACCCGCGCCGAGGGUGGCUGCCUCUUCAUCGUCCCCAGGUUCUUCGUCGUCUCCAAGAUCGCCGACGACACCGGCAUGGAGUGGUUCUCCAUCAUCACCACUCCCAACCCCAUCUUCUCCCACCUCGCCGGGAGGACCUCCGUCUGGAAGGCCAUCUCCCCCGCCGUGCUCCAGGCCUCCUUCAACACCACCCCGGAGAUGGAGAACCUCUUCCGCUCCAAGAGGCUCGACUCCGAGAUCUUCUUCGCCCCCAAUUCGAAUUCGAUUUGAUGGACAAUAUCCAUCCUCCAUCUCCAGCACCUGCCCACCUAGCAGCAUCAGCAGAUUCAGCUUCCUUCCUUUUAUUUAGAUCAUGUCAGUCGUUAGAUUUAAUUCGGUUCUUUGGUUGUUAGCAUCACCUACCUCUUUUAUUUGAUAAUAACAAUAAGCUCGAGAUGGAGUGGAAUUUGAUAGUCCUAUCAUGCAUAUGUCCUCUUUAUUUUUUUAAAACUCUGUUUUAAAGUCAACAGCCGUUCGAUUCGAUCUGCCAUGCAUGAACGAACUGGUUUUAUCAGAUUUUGUUUGUUUUA